AUGAGUACUGUAGCUGAACACCACCAUACACUGCAUUCUGCAGGUAACUUACCACAAGAUAUCAAAAUAAUAAAAAAAGUUUUGAACGGAUAUGUUGGGUUUGCCAAUUUACCCAAGCAAUGGCACAGAAAAUCAGUGAGAAGAGGCUUUACUUUGAAUGUUAUGGCUAUUGGAGAGGCGGGUUUGGGCAAAUCAACAUUAAUCAAUACGCUUUUCAACCGUGAUAUGAUGAAUAAUAAAAAUAGAAAUGAGUUUGAUAGUAAUGGUUUCGGUAGCAAUGGCAAUGACGCCGAGGACGAUGACGUUGAUGAAAAUGGUGGCGAAGACAUUGAGGGGACUGAAACAGCAGAAACCAAAUCACUGGCCCGAAACGGUGAUGGUAUCAAUAGCACCAGCAGCAAUGUCAGGAUCAAAACAACACAAGCCGAGAUUGAAGAGAAUGGCGUUAAGCUAAAGGUGAGUAUCAUAACCGCUCCAGGAUUUGGUGAAUCUAUAAACAAUUUUGAUUCUUGGAAACCAAUAGUUGAUGAAAUCAAUAGUCGAUUCGAUUCAUAUUUAGAAGCCGAGUCAAGGAUUAACAGAUCAACAGUUGUUGAUAAUAGAGUUCACGCGUUUUUAUAUUUUAUUGAGCCAACAGGACACACGUUGAGAAGCUUGGAUAUCACAUUAAUGAAACAAGUUCAUGAAAAGGUUAAUUUGAUACCAAUCAUCGCAAAAUCAGACACAUUGACCGAUGAAGAGAUUCAACAGUUCAAAAAGGCCAUAUUGCAAGAUAUUCACCACCAAGGGAUCAAGAUUUUCAAGCCUGCUGAUUUUGAAAAUGAUGACGAAGAAAAUAUUGCUAAUACUAAUCAAAUUAUUAACAAAUUCCCAUUUGCUGUAAUUGGAUCAACCAAAGAGGUACAAACCAGCGACGGUAGAUUAGUUAGAGGCAGAAAAUACCCAUGGGGAAUAAUUGAAGUUGACAAUGAAGACCACAAUGAUUUUGUCCAGUUACGCCAAUUGCUAAUCCGUAACUUUUUGGAAGAAUUGAAAGAAACAACUUCGAAUAAGUUGUAUGAGAACUACCGAACCGAGAAAUUGAAGAGAAUGGGUAUCGAGCAAGAUGAUUCAGUGUUUAAGGAAUUUGAUCCAUUAACCAAACAAGAAGAAGAACGAGCAUUACAUGAAGCGAAAUUGGCCAAGAUGGAAGCAGAAAUGAAACUGGUUUUCCAACAAAAAGUUAGUGAAAAGGAGAAGAAAUUGCAAAGAUCAGAAGCUGAUUUAUUUGCUAGACAUAAAGAAAUGAAGGAUAAAUUGACUAAACAGAUUAAAUUAUUAGAAGAAAAGAAACAACAAUUGGAAAAACAAAAAUUAUUGCCUCCAGAACAACCAGCUCCAGUUUCUGCUCCAACCAAGACACGUAAAGGGUUCUUACGUUAA